AAUGCCAUUUGCUCCGUAAGCUUCGGCUAUUUCUUCUCCCAAGUUAGGGCUGAAAAAUGGGGCUAGAACUCCCUCCAAAUUUAGCAGAGCAGGAAUUUAAAGUCGUUUUGAUUUCAUCGGAAACAUGGAUAUGGCUUCCUCGUACCUCCGAGGUUGCUAAUUGCUUUGUACAGAGAUUACAAGUGCUUUCUAGGGUUCCACUGCUCGGUUCUUCCCAAUUUCUGAUUGUUCUUAGAGCAAACAGGUACCCUAGAAAUCGCUUUUUCUCUGCGAAAGAGUAAUCGACUUACUUUCUCCUUCUUCCACCCCGGAUUCUUUUUGUAUAAUGUUCAAUUCUUCUGGUAUGUUUCUAAUCCUCCAAACCCCACCACCUCUUCUUUUUUUAUUCUUGUUCUUAAUGUGUUUGUCAAUAAGUAAUGUGAGCUUUGGUGUAAAUUCUAUAGCUUAUUUAAUGGGUGUUGAACAGAAUUAAGUUGUUUGGAUAAAUGGGUACCUAGAGAAAUGAUCUUUCUAUGUUGAUUCUCUUUUGAAUUCACAGCUAUCGAUCGAAGAAUUUCGGAGACUGGAACUCUAAUUUUUGGAUUUUUUUUUUUAACGAUUUGAGUUUUAAUCAUAGUUAUGCACUCACAAAACUUGGAAUCAGGAAUAAUGAUGAACUUCAGCAUACUCUGAAACACUCAAGGCAAUGCUCAGACUAAGCAAUGAAAUAUUUCAAAAGAUCAAAACUGUCACUGGUUCCUUCAGUUGCAUACUUCUGAAUUCCCUAUAGCUGAAAUCCAUACAAUAUAGAAAGCAAUGAUUUUUCACGACUACGAUAUGGAAAUUCAACAAAUAGUGAAUAGAAAGUGUGACAGAUAUUCUUUGUGGAAUUUGAUGGAAAAGGCACAUGGAACUUUUCUAAAUUCAUUCAGGUAAAUAUCUAAAGAAUUUCUUAAACUGAAGAUCAGUAUAUAAAGUCUGAAAAUGUUUUCCAUUCUUGUCAUAUGGACAAAGGUCAUUUCCUCGCUCUAAAUUGUCAUUAACUGAAAGAGAAAAUGGAAGGAACAAGACAAACGUUAGUAUGAAGUAUAAGUGAGUGGUAUCUCUAAAUGCCAUGGAAAAAAACAAAAAAAAGGGCAUACCUAGUGCACGAGGCUCCCACCAUUGCAGGGUCUAGGGAGGGUCAUAAUGUAUGCAGUCUUACCCUCGCUUCGUGGAUAGGCUAUUUCUGGACUUGAACCCACGACCGCUAGGUCACAAUGGAGCAACAUUACCGUUGCGCCGAAGCCUGCCCUCAUUUCUAAAUGCCAUGAAUUAUUUGGAAAAUGGUAGCCAUAACCAAUAUCUGACCCUAUGAUAACGAUAGUCAAUGGGGAGCAGGGGAAGCAAAUUUCAAAGCUCUUGAAUCUAAGCAUAAGUGAAACUUGGUACCUGGAAAUGAUUUUUUUUUUUUUUUUUUGAAGACCAAUUUCAUAACUCUAAAAUUUAUAAAGAUAAGAAGACCAAGUAAUUUUCAAAGGAACAUAAUAUUGGGAUCUUCAAAGCUGAUAUAAUCUAAUGACUCAGACCUUGCUAUCCUAAAGACUUUGGUCCUUUUCCAUUGCUUUUCUUCAGGUAAUCUUUCAAAGCAGACAAAAUGGGGUUGAAAAUAUCAAAGCAAGUGCCACCAAGAGCAGGCGAUGUGGGGAUGCUCCAUGGCCGUUAUCAAAUUCUCAAUAUUCUCAGCAAAAGUUUUUGCCUUCGUCACCUGGUCUCUAAGAAAAGGAGACGAAUGCUUGUUGGAGGCUACGACCUCGACAUGUCAUAUAUCACAGAUCGCUUAUUGGCAAUGUCAUUCCCUGCAGAACGUAUGCGGGCAAUGUACCGGAAUCCUCUUUGGCAAGUCAAGGAUGUGCUAGAAAUGAGACAUCUGGGACACUAUAAGAUUUAUAACCUGUGUAUAGAAGAAAAGUAUGAUCCAUCGCAUUUCAAUGGGCGUGUGGAGGUUUUCCCAUUUGAUGACAACCAUGUCCCACCUCUCCAAACGAUCAAGCUCUUCUGUGAAAGUGUACAUGCAUGGCUUUCUGUUGAUCCAAAGAAUGUUGCAGUCAUACAUUGCAUGGCAGGCAAAGGCCGGACAGGUUUAAUGGUAUGUGCUUACCUAGUUUACAGUGGCUUGUCAGCAGAAGAAGCUCUCCAGUUGUACGCACAUAAACGAACCACCAACAAUGAAGGAGUUUCAAUAGCAAGUCAGCGCCGUUAUGUUGGUUACUGGUCUAAAAUAGUAUCUUUUCCAAGGGGAAUUGAUAACGGGCCUCCUGAAGUGAACAUACCUCAACCGUGUACCCGGGAAUUACGGCGAAUCCGACUUUAUGACACAGUUAACAUCGAUUCAGUUUUCUUUGUGGUCACAGAGUUGCAGGAAAUUCCUGGUCAACUGUAUGGCCCAUCCAUGGAGAUUGCAAGGAGUUGCUGCAGACCACUUAAUAAGCUAGGAUAUCAAAGAAGUACCAGCCCAAGGUAUUACCUCUCCUUCAUUGACAAUGACGAGGAAGGGAAGGAACCAGAAAAGGAGUCACCUCAUGUUGUCGAGCAAAUGGACACAGAGAAGUCUUUUAUCUACCAUAAGAGAUGUCUUGACUACUAUUUUGAUAAACCCUUACAAGUUACUGGAGAUGUGCGUGUCAUCUUCUACCAAAAGUUGAUUGGAGGGCGCCUUUUCUAUGCCUGCUUCAACACAGCCUUCAUUACAAACAGCUUGUUACAGUUCUCUGUGCGAGAUUUGGAUAAAGUUGGGUACAAGGGUAAAUCUAUAUGCGGCUCUGCCUUCUGUUUGGAGUUGCUCUUCGGUCCUGCUAACUCAAAAUUUCCAUUGUCACCUCCAGUGGAUGACAAGGAAAUAGGUGAAGAUUGCUACUGAAGUCCUUGCUGUAGGUUUUGUUUCCCUCCCUUCCUUAUCAUAGGUUGGUUUGAGGAGAUGUUUUAUUCAUUGUUAAGGCUUACUUAUCCCAGCAUGUAAACGUCGAGAAAGUGGUCCAUUUAAAUAUUUCCCAAAAACUAAUUCUGCUGUUUCCCCAUCCUGUUUUUGGUUGUGGAGGAAGGCACCAUAAAAGAGUCUGCGAAUAAUAACGGGUUUUAUGCCUAGAUUUGGGAGCACUUAGCAGGAAAUUGAAUCUUGUAUCUUCAUUUUUGAUAGAUGAAAGAAAACUAGUUUUUGUUUUGUUGUUCCUGAUAA